ACAAUGCUAGAAAGGUGGAAAAUUCAUGAAGGCGAGGAGGUUGAGGUGUUUGAAGAAUUUCGGUUGUUAACUUCAGAAGUGAUUUCUAGGACAACUUUUGGUAGCAGCUACGUAGAAGGGAAGAACAUUUUUGACAUGUUAUUGAAGUUAUCUGCUUUAACAUUUUCAAGUUCAUUCAGACCCGGGUUUCCUGGCAUCAGUAAGUUUGUUAAAAGCCGCAGUGAGAUUGAAUUUCAGAAGCUUGAGAAAGGAAUAAGGGACUCCCUAAUGGAGAUUGUUAAAAGAAGAGAAAGGAACCCAAUAAAUCGAGAAGCAAACAACUUUGGGAGUGAUUUCCUUGGACAACUUUUAAAGGCUCAUCACGAUACCAAUGAUAACCAAGGGAUUUCAAUGGAAGAUUUGGUUGACGAGUGCAAAACAUUUUACUUGGCUGGACACGAAAGUACUGGCACAAUGCUAGCUUAGACAGUCUUUCUUUUGGCACUCCAUCCGGAAUGGCAGGAGAAAGCAAGAAAGGAGGUCCAGCAAUUUUUCGGCAAACAAACUCCAGAUCCCAAUGGCAUUUCCAAUCUCAAAACAGUAAGAAAGUCAAGAAUUCAAUGAAAUGCUUUUCUAAGUGCAGAAAUGCUUAAUUUAAGUUUCAAAUCCUGAUUUCUUCAUUUUCAUGAGUGCAUAUGACUAUGAUCGUGAACGAGUCUCUGAGGUUAUAUCCUCCUGUUCUUUCCCUUGUCAAUAGGAAAGUUGAAAAGGAAACUAGGCUGGGAAGGCUUGUUCUUCCUGCUAACCUCCACUUGGUGAUCCCAAUUUCACCACUUCAUUUUGAUCCUCAGUUGUGGGGACAG